AUGUUCACCCGGUCGCGAUACUUUUUUGCUAAAACUCUCUCUUUGAGGAGUAUUUUUAACCAGCAAUAUCAAGAUAAUGCUAGAGUUUUGUAUAGCAUAACAGCCACAAGAUGCCGAUCAACAACCCCGCUUAAUACUAUAGUAAUGUUUGUUCCACAACAGGAGGCAUGGAUUGUGGAGCGAAUGGGUAAAUUUCACAGAAUAUUGGAACCUGGUUUGAAUUUGCUGUGGCCAAUUGUUGACAAAAUCAAAUAUGUGCAGAGUUUGAAGGAAAUAGCUAUAGAUGUUCCAAAACAAAGUGCCAUCACGUCUGACAAUGUCACAUUGAGCAUUGAUGGAGUUCUUUAUCUUCGUAUUAUAGACCCAUAUCUAGCAUCAUAUGGUGUUGAAGAUCCUGAAUUUGCUAUUACCCAGCUGGCUCAAACUACGAUGCGUUCUGAACUUGGUCAAAUAUCACUGGAUAAAGUAUUUAGAGAACGAGAGUCGUUAAAUGUGUCAAUGGUACAUGCAAUUAAUAAGGCCAGUGAAGCAUGGGGUAUCACUUGUCUCCGUUAUGAAAUUCGUGAUAUAAAAUUACCGACCCGUGUUCAUGAAGCUAUGCAGAUGCAAGUGGAAGCAGAACGUAGGAAAAGAGCGGCUAUUCUGGAAUCUGAAGGUGUUCGUGCUGCUGAUAUCAAUGUCGCGGAGGGCAAGCGUCAAGCUCGAAUAUUAGCUUCAGAGGCUGAAAAACAAGAGCAAAUUAAUAAAGCUUCUGGUGAGGCGCAAGCAAUGCUCGCCGUAGCAGAUGCUCGCGCUCGCGGCCUGAAGCUCAUUAGUAGCGCACUAUCGGACAAGGAUAGCAAGUAUGCAGCAUCGCUGACACUUGCUGAGCAGUACGUCUCAGCGUUUAACAAGCUGGCGAGGACAAACAAUACCCUCAUAUUACCAGCGAAUGCAGGAGAUGUAUCAAAUUUUGUAGCUCAGGCUAUGUCAAUAUAUUCAGCAGUAAAUUCGCAUCAUGCAUUUAAAAGUCAGCCGGAACCAGCCGACAUUACUUACGAAGAUCCUCUAGUCAAACUUAAUGCAUUAACAGAAAAAGGAUCUACUUUGGCGGGUCAACCUGUGAUCAAUGAGGAUGACAGUUUAUCUGAAUAUUUUUCAGAUGAUGAAGAAAGAGCUAAGGCGUUACAAGCUCAGAAAGACAAAAAAGAUCAAUUGUUAAAUAAAUUAGAAAAGGAUACAUAG